UUCGCCCCGAGUCCUUCUUCCAAAUGUAACUGGGAGCUUCCUUGUUAUAAAUGGUAGAUCGAACCGAGCUGAUAGGGCAGAGACGUUAUUUAAAGAAACUCUGAAAGAUACGUGUCUGUUUCCUAAGAACUUUACAUGCAUACCUGUAUCCGUUCCUUAGGUAAGAAAGAAACGUAAUGUACUACAGGCAAACAUCUUGAACCCUGCUUAAUAACCGUUAUCAGAUUAAUUGUAAGCCAAAUCAACAUUAAGCAUAAGACAGCAGCUUGCUUUCCCCCCUAACCUUGAAAGAUCUGACGUUCAGAAGUUGCUUAAAUGACAGUUGUAAAGUGGUAAGGAAAGAAUUAAGAGCCGAAUACAGUUCCUAACCAGAGGUACCACUGUACUGCAUCCUAAACUGCUUGCGAGCUUUUGUAUCAUUUGUAGUUGAUCUGACUUUGAAGUUGAAUGAUACAGCACAGCUGCUGCAUAAGGGUCAGUGGUAUGGUGAUGGUUGAGAGUUAACAUCUUGAUACAACUUUGUGGGAGGUGGACCUUUAACAGAAGAAGAUACGGUGUUGCGGGAUGCUGUGCCAAAACAACCAUUGCUCCAUUGGAUCGAGUAAAGAUUUUGUUACAAGCUCAUAACCGUCAUUACAAAAAUCUUGGUGUGAUCUCUACAUUGCGUGCUGUUCCUAAAAAGGAGGGCUACCUGGGAUUCUAUAAAGGAAAUGGAGCAAUGAUGAUUAGAAUAUUUCCAUAUGGUGCAAUUCAGUUUACAGCAUUUGGCCAGUAUAAAAAGAUGAUAAAGCAGAAGCUUGGCAUUUCUGGGCAUAUUCACCGGUUAAUGGCUGGAUCCAUGGCAGGUAUAACUGCAGUCAUUUGCACUUACCCUCUUGACAUGGUGAGAGCACGUCUGGCAUUCCAAGUAAAAGGGGAUCACACAUACACUGGAAUUAUUCAUGCAUUCAAGACCAUUUAUACAAAGGAAGGUGGUUUGCAAGGAUUUUAUCGAGGGCUUACGCCAACAGUUGUAGGAAUGGCGCCAUAUGCAGGUUUCUCAUUUUUUACCUUUGGUACCUUAAAGAGUGUGGGACUUGCCCAAGCGCCUACCCUGCUUGGGAAGCCUUGCUUAGAUAAUCCUGAUGUCUUAGUUUUGAAAACUCAUGUAAAUUUGCUGUGUGGUGGCAUAGCUGGAGCAAUAGCACAGACAAUAUCAUAUCCUCUUGACGUAACACGUAGACGGAUGCAGUUGGGAGCAAUACUUCCGGAGUCUGAAAAGUGCCUUACAAUGGUACAGACACUGAAGUAUGUUUAUGGAAAUCAUGGAAUACGAAGAGGAUUAUACCGAGGAUUAUCCCUGAAUUAUAUUCGGUGUAUUCCUUCACAGGCUGUUGCCUUCACCACUUACGAAUUUAUGAAGCAGUUCUUGCACCUCAAUUAGACUCUUAAACUUUAUUGAAAAACAAUUCUUGUUUUUGUAUUGUAUUUAUCUGUGAAAAUUCCCAUGGGAAUCACUGGUUCUUAUAGUGCUUUCUUUACCAGAAGAAGUAUAACAUGUAAAUGCGACAGAAGUUGAAUAAGUUCUUUGUCAUGCAUACAUACAAUGUGGAAGGUCACUGAUGGAAAUAAAAAUAAAUUGGGGAACUUACUGUGAAAAGUAAACCAAUUUUAGGAGUUCCAAAUGAUGAUGAUGAUGAUGAUUAUUAUUAUUAUUUAAAAAUCCAUUUUAAUAGGUUUGCUUUCAUUUUUUAAAUUGGAGAGUUUAAGUAUCUGCUUUUCUAAAGAGUUGACAAUAUACCUUAACUAAAACAUAAGAGGUAAUUGUAGAUCCGCUUGGAAACCCAUUUCACUGAAUUCACUUUGACUUGCUUUCAUGCAAUUAAGUUUAAGGUUCUGCUGUAGUUCUGCAGUCAACAAGCCAAUUACUUCAGAAUUUAUUAAUGUAAUCUCAUUCACGGAUUAAAGUCCCUUCAUUUUAUUUUCAGAUUUUCUAGUAGCUAGAAAGUACCGUAUAUAAUUUCACGAUUUAUUUCCAUGAUACAGAUCUCCCUGAGUGGGGACUCAAAAAGUGGUGCUCGGUUUCUUCCAAGGGAUUUGCAAUACUGUACUUAUUUUUUGUCUUUGAAUUGUUCAUAAUGCUGCUUUACAAACUUCUGUUAGAGGUUAGAGUAGAAGUUAUAUAGAAGAUCAUGUGAUGUUUUGGGGGGUUGCCUUUAAAAUUGGGAAAGUGGUGCUCUAGGAGGCUGUGUUUUCUGCAGUUUAUUCCCCCCCACACACACUUUGCCCCACAAAAAUGCUGAUGCAAGCUUCAUGGGAUGCAGGAGAGUAAGAAACAGCAUCUCUGAACUUCAAAUCAGCCACAUGGAGUUCUUGGAUAUAAAGCAAACAUAGGUGAUUAUUGUCAUGCAUCUCGCAUUUCAUUUCUAUUUUCCCCCUAAAACACUUUGUCAUUAAGCUCGGGGAACCGUUUUCAAGAAAGUAAGUCUAAAGCCUUAUUGGACUCCUGGAAUUCCAUGAGCUUUUGGAUACUGGACCUGACUUUUCUAUAUGACAUACCUCCCCAUUCUAGUCAUGCCUACUCAGAAGUAAGUCCCACUGAAUUCAGUGGAGCUCUCAGGUAAACGGGUACAGGCAGUAGCCUAAAGAAGCCUAUCUUAUUAUUCCAGCACUAUUGAAACACUCUAACCCCUUUCAUGCCAUUUCUGACUUCUCUCUGAUGUGUCUGUAUCGCCUGACCCCUCUGCUUUCCAUGUGUUGGAGGGGGAACUUUUACAGUGGGGUGGCUUCCUGAUGCAUACCGUAUAUUCACCCUCCAAUGCAUAGAAGGUGGAGAGUCUGGGGGAGGGGACAUGCGGGGGGAAGAGUCCUACUCUCCCCUCUCAGAAACAUGAGCAAUUGCACAUAUGUUAUGUGAUUGAUUAAUUAGGAAACACAUUUAAAAUGCGUCUUAACUUGUUUUAAGGUGCUGCUGAUUUGGAUUUGAUCUAUAUGAUUCAGUACUUCUACAAUGGUAGGGGGCACGAGGAAACAGAAAUGAACUUUAUGGGUCCAAUAUUAAAAGUACACAAGGCUAUUGAAAGUUGAGGUUACCCUACAAUUUUAGCAGUCUUCACGAAGCUGGGGCUGAUGGGAGUUGUAGUUGGCACCAGGUUGGUUAAGGUCGAUUGAUAGCACUUCAUCGAAUACUGUAUAUGUAUGAGUAAGCAGGGUCCUAUCCUUGCAUGGGUUUUGUUUUGGUCAGAUUGAGAGCAUCUAAAACAUUUUGCAUAUGGACCAAGUUGCGCACACUUCUGCUGGAAGGUUAAUGAAUAAUUUUACUACAAGGCCACCUUUCUGAAACAAGCAGGAAUUUGCAGCUUUAACUACUUGCUGUGUUUCCCGCAUGCAGCCUGUAUUACAAAGAUGAAGAACCUGUUCUUUGCGAGAUGUUGUUGGACUCCAACUCCAGUAAAAACAGUGAUCCGGGAUGAAAGUUGUAGUCGCAGAGUUCUGGAGGUCCAUAGGUUCCCCUUCCUUGCUGUACGCUGCAGUAUAUUCUACUGCACUGAGUGAUUUUCUUCUUCUGUGCCUUCUAUUAUGGCUUCUCUGGUAAUAUGAUGCAACUUUAUUAAUUCUUCACCUAUCUCUCAACGUUGAAAAAAGUACCCAACAGUGGGAGCUUGGGCUUUUCAGUAAAGUGAUUGCAUGAUAUGGAGAUGGCACAUCCUAUUUUGCUGCUUGAGGCUGUCUGUGCUACACACAAAAACACACCCUGCUGGUGUAGAAGCACCAAUGCUGAUUUCCAGUAAGAUUUUGCAAUGCUGGUGUCGCUUCUCCCCCAGUGGUGGAGGUGGCAGGGCUUCUGCAAGGUUGCCACCCUGGGGGCUUCCACCCUGAGGUGGCGGCAUCACCCCACCUAAUGGCUGGGCUGGCCCUGAGAUUACAGCUUUGCUGUCCACUGUUGGUUUGGCUAUGUCUUUUUUUCCCCAAGAGGACCUGCCCACUUUUUGCAACAAAUCCUACCUAUUUUGCCUAUUGGUUUUAUGGAUAGGUCAGUUUUAGGAGGCCUGGAUAAGUGUCUUCCCUUUCAAUAGCAGCCUUCCAAUUUCACCUUCCUAUUGCUAGGAACAAUUUGUGUGUCUUGGGUAUUCUUAAAAAAUGGAUUUAUUUGAUUAAGAGAGUCUGAUUUUGCCAAACUUAAAUGCUAAAGCUAUUGCAACACUUUUCAAAAUGUUUUAUGUAAAGUAAUAUAAUUUAUUUUUUUGUAAAUAUUGUACAGUAUGUGGAGUAUGAAACUGGUAAGAGCUAUGAUACCAAAUCUAGCAGCAGCUGUAAAAAUCGCUUUUAGUAAUAGUCCAUAGCUGGGACAUAACAAGUUCUGUGGUUUGGCAUUUUUUAUUUUAUUGAAAUAUGUAUCUUUUGACAUUUGAUAUAAUUAUUGUCCAAGAGAUGUAUCUAUUUUAUUUUAAACUGAAAUGUCUUGAAUAGCAAUAUGACUAAGCAUACCAGCCAAUAUAAAAGCAUGUGUUUGGAAUUUUAUAUUUUUUUCUGUUUUAUGCAGAUUUAAAAUGUUUGAUGAAACAAUAUUAAAGUGACUGCAGUUUAUCUCUGGCCUUAUUUGCGAUUUUUUAAAAUGAAAACUUACAAAGGUGUAUCUUCUAAACAUCUUAAAAUUUUUAAAAAGUAUGAUCAUUAAGAAGACAAUUGAGGCUUUUAUAUAAAAAACCCCAUUUGCAUCAAAGUUCACGUGCCACAAAUUACCCAGUAGAACUUAUAAGUAACUGCUCAGAAUGGCAGUGACAUACUUGGCAAUAUUGCUUGCUUUUCUUGGGCAGACUCUGUGGAGCUUUCUUUGAUUAUUGUACAGUAAUCCGCUUUUCUCUUGAAUGUUUGGCCCCUUUCCAGCGGCUUAGUAAAGUUACUAUUGGAGAAUAGUGUGUAGAUCCUGUAUUCGCUAAAUUUACGGUAUAUUCAAACACCUUUUUAAAAGACUGCUUUUAUAACAAUGAAAUAUAAUGGAUUUCAUGUGACAAUCAUGCUUUUGAAAGAUACUUAGCAGUUUUACUGCAAAUAAGAAACAUAUUAAAAAGUUUUUGGCUUUUUCAUAUUCCUUAUUCCUUUUUCCUAAUUUAAUAGUGGACAGGCUGUAUUCAGACAUGCUAGACCUUGGUUUUAGCAUUAUAAGAAUGAGCCUGGCCUCCACGCUGGGCUCAAAUGUGUUCCAAAUGGCUGCAGGAAGGAGAUAAGAACACCCCCCCCCCCAUUAUGCAGAA